CCUUCCUCAGAGAAGCACACUCUCUCCCUACUGCUCCAGAAUGGCUCCUACCUGCACCAGAGACUCUGACACCUCCAUGCUCUCCACCAAAGACAAACAUAAAUUAAGGAAACCAGCCGUGGAAAAAAUGCGCCGUGAUCGCAUCAAUAUCUGCAUAGAGCAGCUCAAGGCACUGCUGGAGAAGGAGUUCCACAAGCAGGACCCCAACGCCAAGCUGGAGAAGGCUGACAUCCUGGAGAUGACGGUGGUGUUCCUGAAGCAGCAGCUGCAGUUCAGGAGCAUGGCCCCUCUGAGGGCCCACGGUCAGGGUUACUCCCAGUGCUGGAGAGAGGCGCUGCACUUCCUGUCUGCCAGCUCCACCAAGGAUGCCACGCUCCAACACCUCCAGCACCUCCAUGGUGCCCAGAGAGUUUCCCUGGACAGCUGUCCCUCUUCUCCCCUCUCCUCCCAGCUCCACAGCCAGGGCCCAGUCAAGAAGGCCACCAGCACCCACAAACCAGUGUGGAGGCCCUGGUAG